AUGGUGGAGGCGAUCAGCGAGUCUGCGGUCGCUAUUUUUAUCACGUCUAUAACUGACGUGUUGUCGUUCGGCGUCGGAACUUUCACCGACAUUAUUGCCGUCCAAGGAUUCUGUGCAAUGACUUCAGCUUGCAUGUUCUUCACCUGGCUGUAUCAGAUCACUUUCUUCGCAGGACUCAUGGUGAUUUCGGGCAAGGUGGAGUUGGCCGGCAGAAAUUCAUGUCUACCUUGCAUCAAGGUGAGCUCCCGUUAUUUCAGCGAUAGUGCAAGAUUCAUAGCACGCCACUCGUAA